CUCACCAACGUCAACUCCUUAUCACUCUGCGACAGCUAUUGCUACUAAUUACAGGUAUAUGAUAAGAACUGCCAUCACCAUAUUAGUAUUAGCAUUAAGUUGUAGCAAGCAUUCAAUAUAUUAGUUCUUGAACUGAAGCUUUGAAACAACAAAAUUUUUCGCGAACGCAAAUCUACGCCGACGAUAUGACAUUCAUAUAAAAUCGUUAACCAAAAUAUUCGAUUGAAAGGCUUGAAUACAGCUUCCACAGCAAGAUGACAAGCCUUAUGAUGCUCCCAAUCACACUGCCCAUCAAGCUUGCCAAAAUACCGCCUCAUCUAAUAAUGGGAGCAGUAGUGAUUAUAAUUCGAGGAGUCAAGAUGUCGUUCAAUUUUAUGUUCAAGAUCCUGCCAAGAUUCAUCAAAAAAAUCGGAUUCACCUGGCCAAUGCGCGGAAUUAAAGAUACGCUGAAAGGUAUAAAGAAAGUAGGAUACAACUGGCCACUACGGGCAAUCAAAGACAUAUUGAGAGUAAUCAUCUUUCCCGUUAAAGUACCUUUUAAACUCAUUGGUUGAUGUACUCAAUAGUAAAAAUGAUUUGUUGAAAAUAAACCUAUAGCAAAUUGAGA